AUGGCAUCGAACGACGAUCUUUUCAAAUCAUCAUGGACAUUUUUUACAAUUUCUAUUAUCUUCUUCCACCUGAAUCAUUUAGCGAAUGCUCAUAUAUGCACGUCAGAUGUCUGCAAUAAGCAUGGAACUUGUAUUCCCGAUAAAUCUAAUUCAUUUACUUGUGAAUGUGAUCCAGGUUUUACUGGUCCAACUUGUGACCAAGAACUAGAUGAAUGUGCAUCACAACCAUGUGCAAACAAUGGCACAUGCAAAGACUUAGAAAAUGGUUUUCUUUGUGACUGCUUGCCUGAAUGGAAUGGUACUCUAUGUACAGAACCCAUGAAUCCGUGUCAAUCAUCACCAUGUGGUCCAGUUGGAAAAUGUGUUGUAACAAAUACACCUGGCAUACCAUACUACUGCCAAUGUCCAGAUGGACAAAAUACAAUGUUUCGAUGUGCCGACACAAAUCCAUGUCAGUCUAAUCCUUGCGGCCCUGGAAAAUGUGAAGUGACUGCAGAUAUGCGAAAUGGGUAUAUCUGUCGAUGUCUCGAUGGUACAAUUGAGCUGACCAAUUGCUCAACACCGAAAAAUCCUUGUGCGACAUUGCCCUGUGGACCAAAUGGACGAUGUAUAUCCCUAUCUGCAGCACCGAAAGGUUAUAUGUGUAUAUGUCAAAAUGAUGGUCUUAGCUUUAGCACUAUCGAUACAUGCCCAAAAACAAACUCAAUUUGUACCCGUCUGACAUGUCGAAAUGGUGGCACUUGUGUCGCAUACUCAGCUAAUGAACCUUCUUGUAAUCCUGCCCAAAUCGGAUCUGUUUGUUGUCAAUGUCCUCCAAAUUACACGGGUGCGCGAUGUGAACGAGGUUUGUUAGAGAAUCUUUUGAGUUAUAGACAGAAUCAAGCAGAAGUUAUUCUAUUUCAAGAACUUGACUUCUGUACAUCGAAUCCGUGCAAAGCAAACGGACGUUGUCUGUCAGGUAAAUCUGGGUAUAGUUGUCAAUGUUACGAAGGAUUUACAGGCGAAAACUGCGAAGCACGAAUAGUCAGUUCAGGUUGUUUAUCAAACCCAUGUACUAUUGGUAUCUGCUACCAAUUAAAUCAAAAUGGACAAGCAUACGUCUGUAUCUGUCCAGAUGGCACAUUGAGUCUUUCAUGUACUUCAGCUAAUACUACGCAAACUCCAUCGGUUGUAUCAACACCAUCAGUACAGCCAACGACUACUCCUGUGUCAACACUGCUGUUUAGCAACAAUGCUAAAUACGGUGGUGGUGUUAGCAAUGGAAAUAUUCUCCGACCUGUAUCUAUUUGUAGUCCAUCAGGGCGGUCAACAUGCAACGGUGGACAAUGUAUAUUGAGCCCCGAAGGAGCAUAUGUCUGUCGAUGUCAGGCAGAUAUCAAUGAAUGUGCAUCGAAUCCAUGUUUGGGUGGUGGUAUAUGCUACGAUUUAGUUAAUGCGUACUCCUGCUUUUGUUCCGAUCGAAUCUUCCGACCACAAUGCAAUACGACUAGUGUCCAACCAGUAGUUCCCAAUCCGCCCGUUUUAAUGAGUACUAGUAAUCACAAAAUAGCACACAAUCAGGGUGAUAAAUCCUUACCAGCUGAAUGCUUUUGCCGCAAUGGUGGUCUAUGCGUCACGAGUCAAAUGGGUAGAAAAUUUUGUCAAUGUCCUAAUGGUUUUACCGGAGCGUCUUGCGAAAUAUCCGCUGCAUCUGCGAUGAGUCCUGGUCAAUUGGCUUGCAGUCAGUCAUUGUGCCAAAAUGGUGGCACAUGCCAAGAACAAGGAUUAAGUGCUGUUUGUACUUGUAAACCAGGUUUUACUGGUCAACGUUGCGAAUCAGAAUAUUUUCGAUGCCAAGCCAACGGUCGUUUCGCUGAUACAUCAAGCUGUAAACUAGGUCGAUAUUUCGAAUGUGUCUAUUUCGGACAAUAUGAUUUGGGUUUACCAAACGGUGUUCUCUAUAGUCGUAGUUGUCCACCUGGUCUUUGGUUCAAUGCAUUGAAUGAUCGAUGUGAUUAUCCAAGUGCUGUCCAAUGUUGA